ACAGAUCGUGGCGCAAAGAAUUGUGGUCGGGAAGUUUGAGAAAUAAGAUGGAUGGUAAUAAGGAUGAAAGUGAGAGAUGUAUCGAUUUAGCUCAGAAGUUUAUAAAUGAAGGAAAACACGACAAAGCCCUUAAGUAUUUAUAUAAAGCGGAGAAACUAUAUCCAUCGAGCAGAGCUAAAGAUUUAAUUGAACUUCUACAAAAAUUAAAUGGAACAGCAAAUUAUCAACGAAAUGAAGAAGAAGAAGAAAAGCCGACUGAAAAUAAACAUAGUAGCCCCUCUUUUCGGAGAAGAAAAUCAGGUGUUUCAACUUCAGCAAAUGAAGAUGGAAGCAGUCAGAAAUCAGAAUGUACAAAAGAGCAAAUAGAUGCUGUUAAAAGGAUAAAGCAAUGUAAAGAUUAUUAUGAAAUUUUGGGAAUAAGUAAAGAUGCUGGUGAAUCGGAAUUAAAGAAACAGUAUAGAAAAUUAGCUUUGCAGUUUCAUCCAGAUAAAAAUAAAACUCCUGGUGCAGCUGAAGCUUUUAAAGCAAUUGGAAAUGCAUUUGCAGUUUUAAGUGAUCCAGAGAAAAGGAAGCAGUAUGAUAUGUAUGGCAGUGAAGAAGUACAGAGACGUCAAAGUUAUGCUAAUCGUGCUGAUGGCUAUUAUGAUUAUUCCAGAGGAUUUGAGGGUGAUAUAUCUGCUGAAGAAUUAUUUAACAUGUUCUUUGGAGGUGGUUUCCCAUCAGGUAAUGUUUAUGUACGUAGAGGAAAUCAGUGGCAUCAACAUAGGCAACAAACUGAAGCAAGGCAAGAAAAUAGUUAUAGUGUGUUGUUACAAAUGAUGCCCAUCUUAGUAUUAAUUUGCUUGUCCUUAAUGAGCAGUUUCUUUGUUUCUGAUCCUCCAUAUAGCCUUAGCAGAACAUCAAAAUAUUUAUAUGAAAGAAAGACUAAUAAUUUGCGAGUACCUUAUUUUGUAAAAGAAAACUUUGGAAGUGAAUAUCAAGGAAGUAUUCGUCGAAUAGAAAGCCAAGUAGAAGAAGAAUAUAUAACUAAUUUAAGAGCAUCCUGUUUCAGGGAAAGAAAUUAUAAAGAAAGUAUGAUAUGGAGAGCCAGAAAUUUCAGAGAUCGAGAAUUAGAAGAAAAAGCCAGGAGUCUGAGAACGCCAUCUUGUCAGACAUUAAAUGACUUGUAUACUGAUAAAGGAUGGUGAAAGUGUUUGAGUAUAUCCUUUAACAUUACGAUUGAAACUGCAUUUCCCAUGGACUUUAAGGAAAGCUACUUUAUUUUAAUCUUAAACCUAUUUUACUUAAACUAGUUUUAUUAAUGUAGCUGUCCUCAUUACAUUCUCUAAAAAAAUUAUUGAAAUCUUUUGCACCAAUUUUAGUUUCAUUGAAUUAAAUAAGCACACUUCCUCAAUUUCCCAUACAAAAUAAUCUCUAGAGAUAAAUUUUCAGGUUCUAGCUUUGUACUAUUUUGCUUGGACAAUGGACAAUUGUAAUUUCUUGUUAUGUGAGUUCCAUGGUGAAUAUGUGUAAUGCAGAUUUUUGUAAAAGAUAAUUGCACAUAGAAUAUCAUUAUUAUUAUUAUUAUUAUUGUAUGAAAUCUUGUAAAUUAUUGUGAAUUCUUAAUUCAAUCAUUUUACAGUUGAAAAUAUAUAAUAUAUAAUAGGAAUGUUUCUGUUAUAUUUUCUGAACCCUUAAAUUCAUUUAAGGUGUUAGCUCAUUUAUUAUAUUGGGAAUGUGUACAGAGAAAUUCAACUUUUGGUACCAGUCAUAGCUAUGCUUCUGUCCAAUGUUAUAAAAAAAUUGUUAAAAUGGAGAAUCUCUACAGGAUGUUUGAAUUUAAUAAUAUAUUAACCUUGUUGUUGUUAAAUGAAAAUCUGGUUUUGUAAUAAAAGCAAAGGCGUGAAUAUAAUUUAAUUUACAUAAAAUACUGCACUCAUAUUUCAACACGUACUACUUAUUGGAUAUUUAUUUUAUUAUUUUCCAUUUUAAAAUUAAAAAACUAAGAGUAAAUAGAACAGAUAUUUAAUUGGCUUAAUUUUUUCACAUUUGUAUAUUCUGUAUAAAAAAAAAAAAUAGACAAUAAAAUGACUUGCUACAUUUUCCUAGAAAUGUAUGUAAAUAUAUAUAUAAAGUAUGUUUUUAUAAUUCAUCAGCUUGUUUGAGCCUUCUUAGUUUGUAAUAUUUAAAAAGAAAAACAACAAAAAAAAAGGAGAACAAUAAUGUGAAGUUUGCCAGUUGCUGUGAGAAGUAUAUCUGAAGUAUGAAAAUUGUAAAAAAAAUUUUGUAAAUGUUCUGUCGUAUUAUAGCUUAAUGUUUUUACAAUAAUAAUAUACAAAAAAAAAAAUACAAUAAUAUAUCAUACAUUUUGAGUUUUUACAAGUUAGGACUUGUAUCCUCAGAGAAUUUGUGAUAUAACCAUUUUUAAAGUUUUUCUUUGGUGCAUUUAAUCUGCCUUUUUAUUUGAUAUAUUGGUAAAACUAAUUGGGAAUCAUUAAGUAUGAAAAUAAUUCAUUUUGGACUUUUAAAGUUUACAUAAUCAUAGGAAAUGGAAUAUAUUUUGUUAACAGUUUUCAUUAAUUAUAAAAAAAAAACAACAACAAAGUGCUUUAAAUACAAAAU